AUGGCAAACAAGGUGUCUGUGAAAAUUGAAAACAAGGAUAUGAAACUUGAUCUUUCUUUCUCACCAUCUGAUUCUAUUCUUCAAGUGAAGCAACGUGUAGAAGAUCUUUUGGAAUGGAAAGCUGAAACACUCUCUCUUUUUUAUAACGGUGAAGAGUUGAAAAAUGAUCACUCACUCGAAUCUUACAAUCUCAAAGAAGGAGGACGUGCUCAUUUUGAUCUUGUUAGGCCAAGCGAGCCUCCUGAACCAAAAUUCUAUGUGCGAGUUAAAUCUCAUCACAAGGAAGGUUUUCUGGGAAUGAGACCAAGUUAUCCUGUGUCAUAUUUGAAGAAUAAAAUUGAAAGAAAAUGGGGCUACGACGGUUCUAAUAUAGAUCUAACUCAUGACAACGUAUUAAUGGGAGAUGAUUUUACAGUCUCUUACUAUAAUAUUUCUGAGAGAUCUGUGAUCAAAUUGGAUGUGAAAGAAGAAGAUAUAGCUAUUCCUUAUCCCUCUCAGCAUGGAAGAUAA